CGUAUUACAUAUUGGUUUUACGGUAGAAAUAUAAGUCGCAAGAAGCCCAUAUAGUUUCAAAAGUUGUUCAAGUCGAUAAUUGUCUAAGAAAAUCAGCUCAACAAUUUUAAUAAAAAUGAAACUUUUCUGUUUUUUAUUAACAUUUGUCCUUGUGAGUGCUUCGGCAGACGAAGAAGCGGAUUGUCUAAAGCAAGUUUUUCUUGCAAAUACAGCCAUUAAGAAUGCUUAUAAUUUAACUGUAGAUGGUAAUCCUAGAGAAAAUGGAUUGGAGCGUGUAAUUGAAAAACUGGUUAAUUUCACUGCACAUUUGCGGAGGUCUUUCGCCAAAAUCAGUUAUAUGAUUGCUAUGCCAGACAAAACGGAAAUAUUCAAAGACAUACCAGAAUACGAAACCCUUUCCCCAAUGAAAAAAUGCAUUCACUACCAGUAUAAUAUACAACGAGCAAUAAUAAAUAUAUUAAAUAUUGUUAUGCCUCAAGAUGAAGGCCAAGAUUUUGGAGGAUCAACUUUGGAAACCCUCGCAAACGAGAGAAGGGAAUAUGUUGUUCAAGCUUUAAGAAAUAUGUUAAAACGCGAAUUAGGACCCAUGUAUGACAACUUUAUGUCGGAGCUAGAACUAAAAAUAAGAGAUUCAAUAAUCCAAGAUUUAGGUAUUGGCUUUGAAAAACUUAGCCUACCCAAUAGGUACUGCACUGAUUACAUAAAAUCUUAA